AUGCUUACAUCGUCACUCAAGAGCCUAGUCCUUUCGGCUUCAAUUGCCGUUUUGGUCACAUUCGCCAAUGCUGCCCCUGCACCUAGACCUCCACCAGUCAGCCACCUCGACCCCUGCGGAAUUCUCGGCGCUAAGAAACCCUCUGAGAUCACCUACCAAAAUAUCGUCAAUUGCUACCGCGCCGUCCCUCUCAACAGUGCUUACGCUGCUGCGACUUUUUCUACUGUCCACACACUGUUCAACGAAUUCUACAUCUUUAAGGAUUCAGCCAUGAUCCCCCAUCUCCAGGCACCCUUCUCCAGUCCCUCAAUUGACAUUAUCAAGAAACUAGAGACGAUUGGAAGGACCAAGUAUACUAGUGACUACAGGUUCCAUGACGACAUCCGGAAGGCGAUUAAUUCUUUGUACGAUGCACAUUCCAGUUACAAUGUCGACUGUUACUCACAAUACUACUUCUUACAGAGUCUUGCGUUGUACGCUCCUGUCAUCAAUAAUGUCCAGACCGUUCGCGUCUUUUUCGACUCGGCAGCCGGUCCACAGCGAAAAUACGAGAACUGUCUCGUCCGCACCAUCAACGGUGUUGACGCCCUGACAUACCUCAAGACCUGGGCCGAUGAAGAGCUCAACAUCUCGCACGAUGCCGGUGUCCGCCUCAACGCCGCCCUCAGUUCCCAGUAUUUUGAUAUCAAGACCAGGACCUUUAAGAACGCCGACAGUCGAUUCGGCGUUCGGGCCAACUUACCCCCUACCGCGACUAUCAAAUAUGAAAUCCAGUGUGGCCAAGCCAAGCCUGUUGCAUUGGAGGAGCCCUGGAGAGUCCUGUCUCUGGUCAAGGGCAAGUUCCAUGAUGUCAAGUCAUUUGUGGAGAAUACCUGUGCACCUCAGACGGCGCCUGCCGGUUCCGCCGGUGGUGAGAAUACCCUACGUGAUGUUGUCAAUGGUCGUCUCCUACAUAUGAAAGAGGAGCCUGCUCAUUACAAGAGGUACCUUGCCUAUAAAGAGCGUCUCGUUGCUGAAGCGGAGGCUAAGGCUCAUAAGGAUGCCGCCCCUGCCCCAACUCAUGCUCCAACUCCACCCAAACAACAGUUCCCUGGCGCUGAUUUGCUCGGCACCGGUAACGGCACUGCUUUCUACCACCUCAAGUCCCAGCCUGAUGUCGGUGUCCUUGUCUUCCAUACCUUUGACGCAGAUUCCGAGUACGAAGUACCCAAUCUGAUCAAGGGGCUCAAAGCCUUCCACGACCUCGGAGUGACCAAGCUGGUGAUUGAUUUCCAGGGUAACCCUGGCGGGUACGUCAACCUUGCGGCCAACACCGUCAACACCUUUUUCCCCAGCAAUGAGUUCUUGGCCACCAACUUGGCGUCCGAUCUUCGAGUCACCCCUGUGAUCCAACAGCUUGCCGCUGCCUCGUUUGGCCUUACUGGUGGUAUCUAUGACGCUGCUCAGUACAUUGAUUUCGACAACAAUAAUCAAGCCUACACCGACGACAGUCUCUUCUUACAACCCGUCACUUACACCCGCGGCGGUCGCACCUCCCAGUAUACCCAGAGAACCACCGCUACCGAUGCUUUGGCACCCACCGACCCAGCCCUGGCAACCUUUGCAUGGACAAACAACGCUGCCAACAUCCGCAUCCUGACCGACGGUCGCUGCGGAUCUUCAUGCGCGAUUGUCGCACACCACUUGACGAACGUCCACAAGGUCGAGGCAUACGCUAUCGGCGGUAACUACGGUAACUCCCUGUCGACGUACUCCUUUGCUGGCGGUACCGUUUCUGAUAACAAGAGGAUCAACGACUUCUUUGAAGAUGCCAAGAUCGCCAGCCCUCUCAAGCCUCUUCCUUACGCUUCCACAAUUGGGCUGCCAAUCCUCGAGAUCUAUGCUCACGGUAGCGCAGUUCCAUUGGAGUAUGAUGCUGCGCUCUACCCUUCCGCGUACCGGAUGGCGUAUACCGAUAGCAACUCACAAGAUCGCCUUGUCAUGUGGGACGAGGUUUCUUCUCAUGCUUGGAGCACGUAA